CGACCUUCGAAAAUUCCCGUUGUACGAACUUGUACACUGAGUAUCACCCAUAUAUAGACUCUUCCUGACUUUUGUCCUUCUUCAAUCUUUGCUCUCCAAAGAUCCUCUCAUUCACCAACUCUUCUUGUUCUCCCACAUUCACAUUCUCACAUCAUGACCGACCGACUCGUCACGGAAGUGCCCAAGGACAUCGGGGUCCUCUCCGAAUCCAUCAAGUACCCCAAGUCUGGUCUCGUAGCUCCCAAUAGGACACUGAAAGCUGCAAUGACAGAGCGCUUGUGUAGCUACGAUGCAGAUGAGCCUACAAAGCGUGGUAUCCCAGGACCUGAGCUCAUUCGCGUAUACGAGGAGUGGGGCAAGGGUGGUUUCGGACUCAUCUUGAGCGGAAACACAUUUGGUGACUACAUCAACCUCGAGGCCAAGGGUAAUCCCAUUAUGGUCGGCGAUGAACCCGAGAGGCUCGAGAACUUCAAGAAGGUGGCGGCCGCUGCAAAGGCCGAGGGCGCCCUUUACGUCGUUCAGCUUUCCCACGGAGGACGUCAGGUCCCCUACGAUGUCAACCCCAACCCCGUCUCUUCUUCCGAUGUUCGUCUUGACAAGAUGAGCGGAAAUGAUGUCUCGGCCAACUUCGGACAGCCCACCCAGCUGACCGUGGAUGAGAUUAAGAAGACGGUGGACAACUUCGCCAAGGCUGCCGCCUACGCCCACAAGACUGGUGCGGACGGUGUCCAGCUCCACUCGGCUCACGGCUACCUGCUCGCUCAGUUCCUUGCAUCGAGCACCAACAAGCGAAACGACCAAUAUGGUGGCUCUCUCGAGAACAGGUCUCGCAUCCACUUUGAGAUCCUCGAGGCAAUCCAGAAGGCCGUACCUGACCCGAAGUUCAGCAUCGGUAUCAAGAUCAACUCCGCCGAGUUCCAGCAGGGCGGUUUCCAGCCAGAGGAGUGCCGCGAUGUCUGCGCUCGUCUCGAGAAGGCCGGCAUCGACUGGAUCGAGCUGUCCGGUGGAACAUACGAGGAGCUUGGCUUCUCGCACAAGCGCGACUCUACAAAGAAGCGCGAGGCAUUCUUCCUUGAGUUUGCCGACAUUAUCCGCUCUGGUGUGAAGGACGUGCCCAUCUACGUCACCGGUGGCUUCAGGACUGCCAACGCCAUGGUAGACGCCGUCAAGAGCGGCUCUUGCCAAGGUGUCGGUCUCGCUCGACCCGUUUGUGAAGAGUACGACCUGCCCAAGAAGCUCCUCAGCGGCAAGGUGGCUUCCGCCAGGAAGACCCUUGUGCCAGACAGCAACUUUAUGAUGGGCAACCAGGUCUGCUGUGCUCAGAUUGCGCAGGUGGGACGAGGUGAGAAGCCCACGGACACUCUCGACGACUCCCAGCUGCAGCCCCUCCUCAAGCAGCUCGGCUUGGCUUAGACAGCAUAGAGAACAAGAAAAGAGUAGAUUCGAGUACAGCCUGUAGAUGAAGGUUCUGUAAUACAAUGUUCUUGUCAGACACUCUUUAGGAAAGAUGGCUUACGGCUC